AUGGCGGUCGUCGCAGCAGACAGGGAGGCGCAUGAGGAGCCACAGCAGGUGGAGCAGGAGGAGGGGCAGGGUAAGGGGAUGAACCCUCUGGACCCGAGAUUCAGCGAGUACGACCCCAAGAAGCGGGAAUACAUCUACACCCGCUACUCCUAUCGCAGAGGACGCGACAUCAACCUUGACCUCGACGAGGAAUCACCUGUUGGUCCAAUGGUAUAUACAGACAAAGUCUUCCCUGAGCGUUUCUUCCUGCCUAACACCAUGAAUGUUGUCUCAGUCAAGAUUGUGUCCUCUGACUAUGGCUACCCACUCCAUGUCUAUGGUACAAUCAUAGUCAGGGACAGUAUUGAUCGCAAAUGCAUCUAUAUGUUCCGACGUGGCAAGGACAAUUGCCAGCUCAUCAGCUCAAAGGACGAUUCAUUGAUUUUGACUGGCCCAAAGAGAGGAUUAAUGUUCUGUGAUUGGAUAUUCUUCGAAAUUGAUCUAAAGGUCAAGGACGUGCAUGGGAUGAAGGUCAAGGAUGAAAGGCUCAGUAAAGGCUUGAUGGAGUUGGAUGGUGUCUUGAGGCUACCAUAUCCAACCGAGCGUAAGGUUCAAAUGGAAACACUUGUCAGCAUGCACAGCAUAUUGGAUCUGAGCUACAUAUUUAUUAGGAACGCGGUGGAGGGCACUGUUGAGGUCAGGAUCCUUGACGGACCUGCUGGGUUCCAUGGGAAAAUCUAUGCCCGCACUACAAACGUUCCAUGCGACAUUAUGCUACUUGAUAGUGAAGUGAAUGGAAUGCUUACUGCUGGCGAUAAAGGAGUUGUGCAAAUGGCACGCAGCGUAGUUGGGGUCUCUGUCGAUGAGCGGCUGCAGGUGACUGUAGCUGCUGCCCUGGAGGGCGAUGAGUUAUCUGUCUGCACUGUUGAGUUCAUGCCAAGGCGCAGCGGUUACGACAUAGAGGAAAUCGCAUGUGGUAACUAUAAGAUACUACUGAAGGUCACUUGGUCGAUGGUUUGUUUCUGAGAUAAGUUUUGGUUAAUCAGUCGUGCUUUAUCAGGUUCUACUCUAUCAGAACCGGUUGAUUUGUUAUGGUGU